AACUGCACAACCCUUACGUUACUUCCCCAUUGAAUGGUGAGACUGCUGUUCCGUAUUGCGAUACUCGAGUUCAAGGGGAUUCACUGCUAGUAUUAAAUAUAUUCACAAAGCAACAACAGACAUGGGGUACAUGACAGUAGAGUCUCACUCACACACCCGCAUCCACCUCAAGAGGCGGCCUGGCUUCCGGUCCUGGGCUCUGUUGGUCGGAAUCUCAUCUGUUGGUCUGUCAGCAGCCUAUUACAGCUCAGACAGCUGGAUGUGGAAACUCUUCUACGUGGCUGGGUGCUGCUUUGUCGCUAUACAGAACCUGGAGGAGUGGGAGGAAGCAAUUUUUGAUAAGUCUAAAGGCCAAGUCAUUCUAAAAUCAUUUAACCUCUACACCAAAAUACUGACCAUGUGGAGGAAAGGACACGAGCAAGUUGUGGCUGAACUGAAUCACCUGAGGGAUGUGAGUGUGGAGGAGGAGAAAGUGCGCUACCUGGGGAAAGGCUACCUGGUGGUCUUGCGAUUUGCCACUGGAUUCUCCCACCCGCUCACUCAGAGCGCCACUCUUGGCGGGAGGAGUGAUGUAGACGCUAUCGCUGAGCUGCUGAAGCGCUUUCUCGGGCUGGACAAAGCACAGCAGUGGGAGAGAGUCUCUGACUCUGAUAGCAGCGACAGUGACCAAAUCAAACUCGAUGAAAACUAACCAGCUGCAGAAUUCUGGCGCCCCUCUGUUCCCAGGACAGGUAACCAGCGGUGAUGAGUUCUGUGCUGUGAAGCCUGCCUGGGCCCUGGGAUUGAUGAGACUGGCUGAUUGCACCACAGAACUGGGGAUCUUGUGGUGCCACUGCAUGGCAACGGAUUACCAAGGCUGGGAACGCUCCCCAAUGUCAUGCCCUUAACUUGACAGAACUCUGGCAAGCUUUGAAGUUUUUUCUGCUUAUCUGAUGAUAAACAACUAUAGGUUGCCUUGUUUAGUAGUGUGUGUUUUAAAUUUCUGUUUUGGUUUGGAGUGCUAACCAAAGGUAAACCAUGUUCUUACUUUUUAUUAGCACUUACAGCAUUAUCACUGCCCCCUCUUCCCAUCCCCCCCCCUUGAACUCUUUCCCUUGUGUUGGACUAGCUAGAUCUUUAGUUUCUUUACUUGCAUUUUUAAGGACAUGUGGAUAAAAACAGCACUUGAUUCCUGCGACCCAAUCCUGUUCUGUAGGUCACCUGAUUUGUAGCAAGAGCAUAUCAGAGUAACAAUAAAAUAAGUUAUCUGGUACCAGAAAGUCAUAGCAACUUAAAUCUAUUGUGUUGUCUUUAAAAAAAACAAUUCUGAAUAUGUCAUUUCGGCCAAGUAAAGCAAAAAAGAACAAGAGCGAGGGGAGAGUAUCAUUGAUAACGCUAGUAAAAGCUAAGCUUGUUGAUGGAGAAACUGGUUGAAUGAAACCAGCUCCACGAAUCUGUUGUGUGUCUCUUUAAUAAUGCUUGCCCCUGAAAACCAAAGUAUGGAGGAAAUACAGGUACGCAGUGGGUUUAUGCUACAUUCCUGCUUGUCCAGUCAUUGGUCUGGUAGUAGGCUGGUCCUUUUGCCCGCGCCAAAUACUGCAGUAUGGCUACUGAUUUUAACACAUUACUUUUGACUAAUCAGGAUGUAAAUAGUUUUGCUUGUUCAAUUGUUUGUCACGACUUGUGUAAACAUAAACACUCUUUUUUCAGAUUGCCAACAUCCUACGACUGCGUCCUUCGAUGUGGCCAAAACUGUUUUGCUUAAUAUAAUAAAAUUAUCUAAAACACUUAGACAUUCAAGGGUCAAUUGCAGUGUGACAGUGGUUUAGUCCUCUAUAAAGGACUAACAAAUCCCCAGCAAAUAAACAAAAUUAGUCCUAAUUGCUGCAUACUAAUCCUAAAAUCAAGUUAAUUGGUUUAGCUGGUCUGAUCAAGUGGACCAAGUUAGACUGAUCUGACAAAACACAAUGUAUUAGAAGGUAUAGUAAGCAAAGUACUGUAGAACAAAAAGGAAAACACUAUAAAAGUGUAAAUGCACAGUAUUAAUAUUGGAAAAGCAUUUGAAAGUAAUGUUACUGUGUAAAAUUACAAUGGUCAUUUUUAUAAUGGCUUCAAGAUUGAAUUAGAAUAUACAUUAUAAUAUUAUGUACAUUAUUCUGGGGUAAUGUAAUACAGGCUUGAGGAACGUAGUAAGUUUUCAAGUACAUAAUCCAUAUUAAACAGAUUUGCAAAUAUUGAGAAAAAACUGAAAAAUCAGAGCAGAAAGCCUCUUAUCGUCACAGGAUUAAGCCACGUAAUCCAGUUAAUGUGGGUUUUUUUUGUGACCACAAAGGUCUGGUUUAGUAUGCAGCAAUCGGUACCAAACUUGAUCCAGUUUAACUGAUGAUCCCAAUGACCAAUCUUCGGUGUUCUGCAUUUGGGGUUAGUAAUGUUACUUACUCAGUCCCCCUGUUGGGUGCAUUAAGUGGAUUCAGUGUGCUAUGCUGAAAUUGACCCUCAAGUGUUUAGCUACAAGAGAGUUUAAAGUAUGAUACAAUGUGUAAAACAAUAAUUUCUGCUGGCUAUUUACUGCUUGUUAUUGGAACUUUACUGUUCGUUGACUACAGUGAAGUCUGAAACAAGAGUGCUGGUGAUUAGAAUAGACAUGACCUAUAACUAUCAUGCUAAAAACGUCAGUGGAUCAAGCUCACUCAAUUACCGGAAUCAAUGUACAAUCACGUUGUGAUAUUUAUAAAGUGGAUUACUGUUGUAUUUUUAUUUUUUUUUUAUCUAUAUGGAUAUAACAGACUGAGACGCAGUUAAUAUUUUGGCAGUUCUCAUCAUUGCCGUUUUGUGUUAGACCAGUAUAAUAUGUACAGAUAAACUAAACUGAUCAGUACCUUUAAUCAGUCUGGUACUGCUUUCACAUAUUUCUUUAUUUAGGUCACUCAAGUGUAGCCUAGCAACAAAUAUAUUGAUCACAUCAAGUUUGGUACUAAAUUAUAUUUGUCAAAAUAGAAAAAAUAAACUGUGUUUUGUAGUUGCUGGUAUUAGUAUAUCAAAUAACUAUUAAAAACAAAACAAAUAAACAAAAAAAGAGAAACGAAAUAGAUUUCAUAUGAACCUACAUAGAGCCCUCUAUGGCAUAACACAGCUUUCCACGUAGAUCCAUAAUGUGUUACAUGAACAAUUUGCUGUUUGGCCAUGGUGAAGCACCUUACUUAUUGUUCAUUUUUAUGUUGCCAUGUUUAUUUUUAAAUAUUUCUUUCCAGCACCAUAAGUUAUUGCAAUAAGAGGGGAUGACUUAAAGCAGUAAAAACCUGUAAACAUAAACCUGUAAACAUUUUAUACAUCAUUUUUUUUAAAAAAUAAAACUUCAAUACAAAA